AAUUUCGAAACUUCCAUUUCCACCUCAAUCUCAGUCCUCUCUUCCCCGUCUCAAUGGAAAAUCUCCAACUCUCUAUUUUUCUCUCAUCAACAUUAUUUUUUAUGCCCUAGCUUACCCUUGCUUCCUCUCACCAUUAAUCCCUGUCCCAGUUUUUUUCUUUAACAUAUAUUUAACUUGUUUCUCUUCUCAAUUUGGUCUGCAAUACUCCAAACCCAGGAUUCUUGGAUUGGAUGGUUCAUGUUAUUAUUUUUUUUUGAAGACAGAAUGGUUUCAUAUUGCUAAGGUUGAUGGUAUCUCAUGACCAGUGGUUUCCAUGAAUGGAACAGGAGGGGGAGGGAAUUAAUCAGUGCUUCUGAACAAGCAACAAUUUACUAGGACUAAAGAGGAUGAGUCAGACUGACCAAGGAAUCAGCGUUGAUAAUUUAGUCGAUGUUCCCUUGAAGCGAAAACGAGGUCGUCCCAGAAAAUAUCCGAAGUUAAAUUAUGAUGAAAAUAUUCUUAAGAAUAGAGGUAAAAGACAUUUGGAGGCUAUUCCUAUUUCUCCUGGUUCUGGAGCAAAUGGAAGCCAAUCACAUCCAACAAUUCAAAUUCAAAGUGUAACUGAUGGGAUGCUGGGACAAGUUGUGUCUGGUGUCAUUGAGGCAGUAUUUGAAGCUGGAUAUCUUCUGUGUGUUAGGGCUGGCAAUUCUGGAAUCACUUUGAGGGGUGUUGUCUUUAAACCCGGCCAUUAUGUCCCUGUUUCGGCAGAGAACGAUGUGGCCCCAGAUGUACAGAUGAUCAGAAGAAAUGUGAUUCCUCUAGCUACAGGGAAUCAAGCUCCUGGAGAUAACCCUCGAUCCAAAAAUGGAGAAAUCCCAUCCCAUGAAUCAUCAGGUAUCAAACUGGGGUUUAAAUAUACACCUCCACAUUCUAACCGGGAUGCUUUGAAAGACAAUUCUAUAUCAUCUAUACUCGCCCAAAUUACCCCUUCAGGAAGCUCAAGAGGUAAUGUGGUUCCUGUUGUGCUACAACCUGCUAAGUUAACUAAUGGACCCUCAGUUCCCACCGAAACAAUUACAAUUCAAACUGCUGAUAUUGAAUCCUCAAAAGGCAAAGAGGUUCUUGUAGGUACUUUUACAUCAAACGAAUCAGCUCCCACCAGUGUGACAGUUGGGAUUGAAAGCUUUCCUUUCCAACCCCAAACUAGCCAGCAAGUCUUACUGGAUGAUGUUCCGGUAGAAAAUAGUUAUCAAAACCAAUCUUUAGUAGUGGAAGUGCAUGAUUCAGGAGGUAAAUCAAUGGCAUUGCCUAGCACGCCUUUCGAGAGUCUUGUGACUGAAGUGAUCAAGAGAAUUCAAGCCCCCUCUCUGACAGUUGACACACAGACUGAGGAUAACAAACCAGCUGUUACAAUAUCAGCUAAAGAAUGCGAAGAUAGCUCAGAGGUUGAAGCUAACAUAGCGGAUGGAGCUUUGAUGAUUGAACCCCUAAAAGCAGUGCAGCCCCUUCAUGAAAGUUCAGAGCCUAUUCCCAAAGCUCUGGAUGAUGAGUCUAGAACUGGCAAAAUGACUGAGUUGUUACAGGUUUUGCAGGAAAACAUGAUGCAAGCUCCAGAACCAUGGGCUGAAGUGCAGAACCCGGGUUUGAUGCUGAAGUCAGAUGGACCUGAAUCGAAAAUAGAGAUUGGGGAUGAAGAAGCUGGUAACCAAAAGCAAAUCUGAGUAGCAUGUAUCGCUGUAAUGUUUUCGUCAUUUUCGGUAUAGAAGGUAUCAUAUGGUGUAGCUGUUUUCUGUAUGCUACCUCACGUCUAAUCCUAACUUAGUGUAGUUGGAUGAUUCUCUAGAAAGCUAUUAUAUUUUUCUAGUUGGAUAUUUGGAUAUGGACCAUUUCACUUUUGUGAUAGUAAAGUAGCUAAGAGCCUUAAGUUAUAUAAGGUUUCGUCAGGCA